CUUUGAAAUACCCUCUGUUUGCUUUUAAAGAAAAAGUCAGUGGUGAGCUGGUUGAGUAACGUGAGCUGUGUUCAGAGUUUGGGGGGUUUGCGUGUCAUAUUUUAAAAAUAACCAUGCGUCAGUUCUUAAAAAGCUGUUGCUUAAAGCUAAACUUAUCUGUGAAAAUAAAUGUUCUGGUGGUCAGCAGGAGGAUAUUUCUCUACUCACAUAACUUCAGUCCAAAUCUGUCUAUAUAUACAGUAUGUCCACCCCGACUCUUAUUUGAGAGGCUGUUUCUUCAUUACACUGUGACAGGCUGUUUCAACAGUCUUCUCAAAUAACUUGGAGGUGUUUCUGGCAUAAUUCAAAUCUAAAGUCCCUCGUGAGUGCAAAUCUUCCACUGUCACUUUACUCUCCUCUGUCAUGCUCAGGUUAUCCAAGCGUGACGCCAGUUUGUUUUAUUCUGAGGUGUAGUGUUAAUUUGAGAAUGAGCAAUGUGCAUACUCAACAAAGCAUCAUAACAUGAGAUAUGACUUGAGGAGCUAAAGCAUUAACACUUAUUUCUGAGGGUAAAAUGAGGUAGCUGUGCAGAGCCAUGGGAGGGGCCUGGGAUCCAUGCCUUGCCAUUAAAACACUAUGAGUGAGAAUGGCCAGCAGACGUGCUCAUCCUGAGGAUGACCUUUCCUGUCCGAUCUGUGGACAUAUUCUCAGCCAGCCAGUGGUGCUCAAUUGCAGGCACCGAUUCUGUAAAGCUUGUCUGAAAGACAGCUGGGACACACAAGGCGGCGGGGAUUCAAACUACUGUCCUCUGUGCUGGCGCUGUUCCUCCAUGGAACAAAUAGUGGUGAGCUCUGUGCUGGAGAAGGCCUGUGAGUCAUUCAAGGACGACAGGAGCAAGAACGACCCAGAGGCUUGUAAAGAACAUGGGGAGAAGCUCACGAUGUUCUGUUUGGAGGAUUUGGAGCCGAUCUGUGGGGUGUGUGUGAAGGCAGCUGCACACACCGGACACAAGCUUUACCCCAUUGGGGAAGGUGCUCAUGACUGUAAGGAGGAACUGAAGAGUGCUCUGCUGCCUUUGAAAGACAAGUUGCAGCUGUACAAGAAGGUGAAAGUGGUCUGUGAGGAGAUGGCAGAACACAUUAAGAACCAGGCUGAACACACUGAAACGCAGAUCAGAGAAGAAUUUGAAGCCCUGCACCGUUUCCUGAAAGAGCAGGAGGCUGCAAGACUUUCAGCUUUAAAGGCCGAAGAGGAUCAGAAGAAGCUGAUGAUUAACCAGAGAAUCGAGGAGAUAAACAAUGAAUUGACGGCUCUCUCCAACACCAUCAGAUUAGUGGAAGAGGAGAUGAAAUGUCACGAUAUUGCAUUUCUUAAGAAUUACAAGGAGACCGUAAGGAAAACCUGGCGGACUUCCUAUGACCCACAAGGGAUUUCUGGUGGUCUGAUUGAUGUUGCCAAGCACUUGGGCUCACUGAAAUACAAAGUGUGGGAGAAGAUGAAGAGAAUAGUCAGAUACAAUCCUGUGAUUCUGGAUCCCAACACAGCAGCUAGCUGCUUCAUCCUCUCGGAGGAUCUCACAGUGGUGCAGAACUCUACCCAGAUCUUCAAGCUGCCAGACAACCCAGAACGCUUUGACAUCAGUGCUGAGAUGCUGGCCACUGAGGGCUAUUCCUCCGGACGCCACACCUGGGAGGUGGAGGUGAAGGGCAACACCUACUGGGUGGUGGGAAUCGCAAGCGACUCCAUCAACAGGAAGGGGAAGCACGUGCUGACACCGGCGGAGGGGUUCUGGACUAUUCGCUUUCGCAACGGAGAGCAUAAAGCCUGCACGGCGCCAUGGGAGCCGCUGAACAUGACUAAGAAGCCGGAAGUGAUAAAAGUGGUUUUAGACAUGGACCGAGGCAAGGUGUCCUUUUACGACCCUGCAGAGAGGGCGCCUCUCUACACCUUCAUGGAUGUCAUCACACCCAGAGCCUUCCCCUACUUCUGCACUGCCUGCAAAGAGCAUCCACUGAGAGUCCUACCCACGAGGAUAUCCUUGUCAACAGACUUUUAAUUCACCACUAUCGCAAGAGAUGAUUGCAGGUUCAAGUUACAACACAUGAAAUCUGUAAAUGCACCGCUGUGUUUUUCAAAUGAACAAGUGAAACAAAGAAAUGUUGAAAAUAUUUUAAUUUGCGUUAAACAAAUGUAGUCUGAAUGAUUUGAACUUGUAAAUCUUUACCACUCAUAUUACUACAUUGAUAAGAUUUAGAACAUAACAGAACAGUACAGUAUGUGGGACUCGGGUUUGCAUGGAACAUAAUCACGACUGCGAUUUUUUCAAUUUCUUUUGAAAAACAUAAAAACAGGUGUGAACUUUCAUAUAAGGCACAUACAGUAUGUGUAUUUGAAAACCCAAGCCAUUGUUGUUCAGAGGCUCAAAUAUAACAUAUGAGAUUAGUUUUCCAACGCAAAAAAAAGACUCUAUGGUUAGUGUUUGAUUUAGUUGCCUAGUGUACAACCUAGUGUACAGCAUCAAAGACCAGACUUCAAAUUUGGUCUUUGAUCAAAACACAUGGCUGUAACUCAAAGUAUCUUCACUCUCAAGAGUUUUCAAAUCCUACACAGAAAUACACUUGCAGCAUAAUCCAAACAUGGGUAAAAUACCCUGUAACUGAGUUUGACUUGACACUACCCGUGCAGUCCUAUCCAUGUUAUUGUAACAUGCUCCUAUGUCAAAUGGGUUAUGGAAGACACCCAUUCUAUGACCGGUGAGGCUCAAAGGCUUUUUGAGGUGUUCUUUCAAUAUUUUAAAGUUAUUAAAGGAAAUAAAUGCCCUCACAUUGUGCCCUGUCCUCAUACAGUGUUAAAACAUCCUCUGUAACAGUGGUCUCUCUAUGUAAGUAGUUCUUUCAAUUGUUCCGUGAACAAUUAAAAUCCAGGCAGGUCUGAU